AUGGCUCCGCCUGUGCGACAUCUCCAGGACCGGAGCUGUCCGGUAUUCGCGACGCAAGCCCUGCCGGACAUUGCGAAAGACUGCCAAUGUCACGACAGCGUGCCCUACUGCUUCGAGGACGGCCGGCAGAUGUGCCAUCGCUCUGAUGGCAGAUUGGACCUGCACUACUUCGCUGUGGACUGCGAAUCCUGCAUUUGUCAAGAGUCCCAAGAUGCCGGAAGCAGGAGCACAUCUUUUGCAGGUCCUUCGGAGACCACUUGUUCGACCGCAGAUGGUGCGCAAGAAGUGAUGCUUGCACCUGAUGCCUCAGGCAAUUGCUUUUGCCCGGACGAGAGACCUCUGUGUGUGCGCCUACCGGGUGAAGAUCUUGGCUGUCUUGCAGGCCAUGUGCAGCCAGAGUCUGCCUCAGCUGCAGCGUUUGGGGCAGGAUGUGCGCCUGACAGCUGUUCGUGCCGUGCGUCAUGUCCAUCUUUUGCCAGCCGUGGCUAUGCCGACAGUGUUGGAGACUGCCAUUGUCCUCCCGACUCGCCUUUGUGUUAUGAAGAUGGGACGGCCGGCUGCCGAUCUUCGACUGGCAUGACCUCGUGGACGUACUUCUCAAGCAAUUGUGGUGCUCGAUGCGAGUGCGUGGAGCAGCUAGAAGGCCAGUGCGACCCCAGGAGUUGCUUGGAGACGGCGGACUGCAUUUUCUCGACUUGCAGAGACUGCGAUGUCUGCAAGGGGAUCACCAGGUGUCCGACAGCUCCUGGCGACGACAGCAUUACUUUGCCGGAUUGGAGCGGCAACUGCAGAUGCAAAGACCAGCAGGUGUGCUAUGAAGGUGGCAGCAUUACCCCUGGAUGCCCUGUGGCACCAGCUGGGCGCUCGCAAUUUUCUUUUCAGAUCAGCUGCAUCGAUUGCAUCUGUGACAAGCUGACAUCAUCAUCCGGUUCCGGCAACGUCAAAUGCCCAAGGUUUGCACGCGAGAACCUCCCUGGCUGGUCUGGCGACUGUGUGUGUCCGGAUGACAAGCCGGAUUGCUACCAGAAUGGAAUCCGGUGGUGCUCCAGGACAGACGGCCAGCGCGAUCUGCACUAUUUCGAUCCGGGCUGCCUGGACUGCGAAUGCCGGGCAGCCCUGAGCUUUAACUCCACUGACGAGGUGAAGCCCUGCCCAGACUUUGCGAAGUUCAGCUCCUCAAACACGUUCCAAAACUGCAUUUGCCCGGACAGCCGUCCGAUCUGCGUGCAGUCGGACGGCACGGUGGCUGAAGGACGAUCUGGACCAUAUUGUCAAACUGCACAGGGCUGGGAUUCCUCGACGGAGUUUCGGCAUGACUGUGCCACGUGCUCCUGCAUGGAAAGCGACGGAGGAGGCUCUAACCUGCGGGAUUUCACAGCAGAGGAGCAACUAAGUGCAGAUGGGGUCACAUACAUCCGCCUGGAUCUUGUUCUGGAUCUCCGCCUGGUGAAUUCCCUCAACUCGUUGAGCCAAUGGGACUUGGUGGUUGACAGAGUCUUGCUGACGGAUGCGGCCAGGCAAGCUCUUGCGGUGUCUGCAGCUUAUGGCCUGUCGCGGCCAGCAGCACCAGUCAUAGGUUAUUGCCGAGGGGUGGCUGAUGUCCAGGGCAGGACGAUUGACGGUGGAGACUUUGAAGAUGUGCGUGUGCAGCGCCUGCAUGCCGAACUUGGUGUCAUGUGGGCGCAUGCUCUCGAGAUCAACAGUGACAACGGCACAGGCCGGCUGCUUGAAUCGGAUGGACGCCGGCCAGCCUUCCGCAUCUUACAAAGCCUUCGAGCCAAGUCGCUGGAUGAGCUGACAAUCCACGAGCGCGAGCUGCUGGUGAGUCUGGACACUGCUUUUCGCCCGGGGCGCUUCAAGCAGCAACUGGAUUUCGAACUUCAGCGGCUGCUCAACGAGACGGCGAGUUGGCACCCAACUCCAGGUGGCAUCCAGGCACCGCGCAUAUCUGUCAGCAGAGCCAUGCCAUCCUCGGAUUUGUCAGCGAUCCCGGCGCUUUCACUUGUGGGGCCCCUGGCUCCAGCUGCUCCAAGCCGACGGGAUCUGAGGGUGCCUGUUGAUACCGUGCAGACAACGGCGAUGCCCGAAACGGAGGAGGAAGCUAAUGCAUCCAGUGAGUUUGACUUGCUCUCAUUCCUUCCGAUGGGCAUCGCAAUUGUCUCAUCACUGGUUGGCUUUGUCUCCUUGUACUGCUUGGUGAAGCGGGUACGCCGCUGCUUGCGCCGGCGACGUGAAAGACGUGCCGAGAAGGAUGCAGAUGGUGGCUCUGGCUCGCCAAGAUCGCCGAAGGGUUCGCCACGUUCACCGCGGUCACCAAAGAACCCCAGCUCUCCAAGACACGCACCUUCUCAAGAUGCCAUGACGGCAACCUCCAGCGCGAACACCGUAAAGGUGAAACGCGCCGGCACGGCCACUACGGACUUGCGCAAGGGCAUGUCAUCAGUUUUUGACAAGCCAAAGCGUGAGGAUGCGGGGAUGUCCCUGGCUGAUCGGCAAAGAACUGGUCAAAAAACCGUGAGUGCAGCUGCAAAAACGGUCGUGGGUGCAGCUCUGGAGACAGAUGGCGACGACGGCAGCCCAAGGCAGAAGAAGGGCCUGAUGGGGCGCUUUCGAAGAGGCAAAGACAAGGGAGGAAGUCCAAGUCAAUCUCCUCGAGGCUCUCCGAGGAUCGGGGAAAGGAUCGCUCGAGGCGCAGAGAAAGCAGAAGCCGCUCACGUGAUCGAGAACCUAGCCGAAGGCUGGGGGUUCUUUGGUGCAGACCCGCGCAAGAGGCAGAGGAUGUCCUCGCCAAGCUCCGUCUUGAUUUUCUUGCAUGGCAGCGGAGACACCGGCGAGGGUGUCCAGGGCUGGCUGCAUGCCAUCAGUGGUGGAGCUUUCGAGGCCAGCCUUGCACGAGAAGGCAUUGCGAUGCAGUUCCCAACGGCCGAGAGAAUACCUUACAGCCUGAGUGGCGGAAUGCCACAGACUGUGUGGUUUGAUCGGGUAGCUAUGGCGUACGAAGCGCCGGAAGACGUGCCUGGCCUGAAGAGGUCAGUGGAGCUUGUUGACAAAGAGAUCGACAAGCUUGUGGAAUCGGGCGUUCCGAUCUCCAAGAUAGGGGUCGGUGGUAUGUCAAUGGGUGGCUGCUUAGCAUUGCAUGUUGCCUAUGGCAUGGGACGUUAUGCAGGAAGGCUGGGCAUGGUAGCCAGUUUGAGCACCUUCUUGCCCAAAGACAGCUGCCUGGACGAAGCAGCUCGUCGCUUGACCUCCUCGCCGCCGCUCUUCAUGGCACACGGCCAAGCGGACGGCAUGAUUCGGCUGGAAUGGGCGCGGGCCACUCACAGGCGUCUUCUCGCUGCAGGCCUCACAAGCAAGGAACUCCUGGAAUUUCCGGAUGUUCAGCACGAGUUGUGUUCCGAAGAGGUCGGACUGCUGCGGAACUUCGUGCUGGAGCACCUGAGCAAGACAUGA